AUUACUUCAGUCCAACAAGUGUCAAACUAUAUGUUCUUAAAUCUUACCCAACACUGGAAUAUAUAUUUGUCUCAAACUGUCUUGUGUUCUUCAUCAGUCAACAAUGGCGAUUUACAGGGCGAGAUCACUUCUAACACUCGCUAAAUCACGAUAUACAAUUAGAAGAUUUUCUUCAUCAAUCAUCCCAUCUAACUUGGAAAAGGUUGGAUUCAUAGGCCUAGGAAACAUGGGAUCCAGAAUGGCUAAUAAUUUGAUAAAAGCAGGAUACAAUGUUGCAGUUCAUGACAUCAAUCUUAGUGUCCUAAAGAUGUUUUCAGACAAGGGAAUCACCGUAAAAGGAUCACCAAUGGAGGUUGCGGAAACUAGUGAUGUUGUAAUUACCAUGUUGCCCUCGCCGUCCCAUGUAUUGAAUGUUUAUACCGGACCAAAUGGUUUACUUAACGGUGGGAAUCCAGUGAAGCCGUGGUUGUUCAUAGAUUCAUCUACAAUCGAUCCUCAAACAACAAGAAAGAUAUCUUCAGUUGUAUCUAACUUUGCAUUGAUUGAAAAGAAAGAUUCUCGGGUGACACCUGUCAUGCUGGAUGCCCCUGUCUCCGGAGGUGUUCCUGCAGCCGAGGCUGGAACACUUACGUUCAUGGUUGGCGGCCCCGAAGAAGCUUACAACGCUGCAAACCAUUUAUUUUCAUCUAUGGGGAAGAAUACCAUAUAUUGUGGUAGUGCAGGGACCGGUUCGGCAGCUAAGAUCUGCAACAACUUGGCAAUGGCUGUAAGUAUGCUUGGUGUUUCUGAAGCCUUUGUUCUUGGCCAGUCUUUGGGUAUUACAGCCACUACUUUAACAAAGAUAUUCAAUUCUUCAAGCGCUCGUUGUUGGAGCAGUGAUACAUAUAAUCCAGUACCUGGUGUGAUGGAAGGGGUGCCUUCCUCAAGAAAUUACGAUGGUGGCUUUGCAUCUGCGCUGAUGGCUAAAGAUUUGAAUCUUGCUUCAGCAUCAGCUAAAGAAAUUGGUCUGAAUUGCCCAUUUACUUCUGAAGCAACAGACAUAUUCACAAAGCUUUGCGACGAGGGUCAUGGGAGAAAGGACUUCUCUUGCGUUUUUCGCCAUUUUUAUUCGGGUAAGGAUGAAUUGUAAUAAAAUUGGUAAAUGAGUUACCUAAUUCUAGAGCUUGUGACUUGAACUGUGUUGUAGAUGUAACUGAAAUAAAUGAUGGUUAUAAUUUAUUAUUUAAACUAGGGUCGUAGUUACCCGCGCAUUGCGCAGGGACGUGGUUGGAA